CAGAUAACAAGUCUGCUCGGAAGAGGGAAGCGGUUCCAAUUUCAAACAAAAACAAGUCUCUAUAUACAGAGGAUUUCAACGGCAGGAAUAACGGGAUUUUUUAUAAAACAUACGAAAAUUAUAAUUGAUAGGUGCAGUUUGUAACCACACACUGCAAAGCACUAGACCGCGCAAAGUUACCAAUUCGAUUGCGUCCACUUUCCAAUUUUCUACGCGUGGCUGAAUUUUGACGCGAAAACCUAAAGCAACCGAAAGUUGGAGCUCCUAACCUAACAAGUGCAACCCUCUCGGUUGCUAUAUUUCGUUGUUCUUGCAACAGUAAACCGACAUUGUCCAUUUUUAUAUAUAUAUAUAUAUAAAAAAAUAAUAAUCUUAUUCAUCCACUGAGAAGCCAUGCCGAGGUCGAAUAGGCAAAAAGAAUAUAAGCCUGGAGAUCUCGUGUUUGCGAAAAUGAAGGGUUAUCCACAUUGGCCCGCGAGGAUUAACGAGUUACCCGAAGGAGUGGUCAAGUCCCCCUCCAACAAGUACCAAGUGUUCUUCUUUGGGACACAUGAGACGGCAUUCCUGGGUCCCAAGGACCUGUUCCCUUAUGAGGAGGGCAAGGAGAAGUUUGGCAAGCCCACCAAGAGGAAAGGCUUCAGCGAGGGUCUCUGGGAAAUUGAGAACAACCCUACAGUGAUACACGAACCUGCGGGCUAUGAGCCAGCAAAGAAGGAGACUCCAGCAGAGGGGGCGGUGGAGGAAGGAGGGGCACAAAAGGGGGAUGCAGAAGGAAGCAGUGACGAGGACGAAGGGACCCUCGUCAUCGAUGAGAAGAAUGACAAGGGAGUGGCCAAGAGGAAAGCUGGGGGUUCCAGCGAGAGCUCUCCUAAACGACCUAAGGACACAGAGGGCAAAGGUGACUCGAAGGUGGAUAGUAAGAAGUCUGACACUGAGCUGAAGCUUAAUGACAAGGCAGGGCAUAAGCCCACUGAGCUGUCUUCUGCGCCGGUUGAAUCAAAACCACCGACAGAGGGCCAACUAACAUCAGAGAAGCCUGUGAUGGACAGUGCUUAACAUCAAGCCUCCGAGGAUGACCAAGAACCCUUGGUUCUUUUCUGUGGAAUUUGGGGCGUCAACACACAGUAAUUAGCUAAUCUUUGAAUGCUAGUGUUCUGCUGUUUAAGUAACUGGAAAGUGUUAAGACCUAUAUAGAAAUUGUACUUGCUAUAUAUCGAUAGAUAUAUAUUGAAAGGCAAAAAAACCUUACUUGCCAGUUGGGGAUAUUGUAUAUCCCAGGAUUGAAAUUGUCAAGUCAAACCAAUAGUGAUGAGAAAUUCAAGGCUCAAGAGGAAAUGUGUUUCGGAUGUAUAAUUCUUUUAUUUUUUUUGUCCAAUUAUGAUGUCUGGCUGCUAGGUGUCAAAUGCAUUACAGUUUAGAGAGUACACAUACGGUUUCUUUAACUAGAAUCUAAACAUAAGCAAAUUAAUACAAAAACAAAACAAAUUUGGGGAAAUCUAGUAAACAUUACAUUCAUAAUUAAUUUCCAUUUAACAUAAAAAUCCUGUUUUUGAAUAGGUUUUUAGUUAUGAGGGUUGUUGGUGUUAGACUUGAUAGCUUUUUGCUAUGUCGUUGUGCUUUAUAAAAAGAUGUGUUCUUGGCUUUAAGGUGUAUACAUAAUAGUAAUUGUACUUGCUUUUCUUUCCCGUUCCUCUGCCUGACUUUGAAACAGGCGAUGUAUUUUCUUACUCAUGGUGUGUUGCACUUUUAAGAUAUUUAACUUUGCCUAGAUCAUUAGUAAGUUUUUCUAGCGACAACUAUCGUUUUAACGCUAUAUAACAUUUUGCAUGUUACCUGUACAUGGUAGGUGACCAAAUAAUGCACCUUCAAUGACACCGAAUUCCCUAUUUUGAUUGAAUGUCACAUUUAUUUACAGAAGCACAAGGAAACGAAAACCACUUUGCAAACCCCUGUCUUAACCCUUUACACUCAAACCCAUAUAUGGGUUGAAAAUGGCAGAUUUGGGCACUGAUAAGUUUAAAUUGGAACGCAGUGGCUCUACAGUAACAUGCUAUAAAUGACGUCAGAGCUCUGGCUCUGCGUGUCACAGCGCUGUAUGGGUUUUGACUGACAGCCUUACUUGUCGUGUGCGGUGCUCAAGUUCAGAAAUUGCCCCCAUCUCUCCCUUACUGGUUGUAUUUUCAGAUUUUGGGAUCAACAAAUGCGAAGAAAUGUACACUAAAUGUAAAAUGCACAUAAAAUCAGCAGUGUAAUGUUUGGAUGUCAGGCGAACUGUUGUCCUCAGCGUUGGUCUAGAAAGGAUUCCAUAAUCUCCAAACUGUUCCCUUUCAAUUGCUACCAUGCUUAUGCAUAUGCAUUAUCAUAUGUCUUCUAUCAGAACCAUUACAAUUUAUCACUGUCCAUAUAGAUCAAUUCCAACGUGUAAAUAGUGAAGGGAAAUCUAUAUUUCAAAAACUACCCCAAAAUGAGAUGUGCAUUGUUAAAAGCAAGAAAAACAUUCCUGAAUGUUUCUGUGACAAUGUUGGUAUUAACCAGUGACAUGUUUGAUGAAGCGCAAUACUUUCAGGUCUGGAAGAUGACUAGGAAGGGGACUAUGUUCUAUGGAAGGGGCAUUCAUUCCUACCCUGGAGGUCUGGAGUACUGCUGGUUUUCAGUUCUAUUAAUUGCACCUAAUUAAUUUCACCUACCUGAUAUCCCAGGUUAAACCUGAAUUAGAAAGGGAAUAAUGAAAAGUGGAAAAAAGCAGUGGAAGGUUCAGAUUUUAAUGAGUUCUUGAAAAAAUAUUUUACAUUUCUUUAUAGAAACUGCACUGUUCAUUGGUCCAGACAUUUUACAAUCUCAUGUCAUCCAUCUCUUAUGGUGCUUUAAUGGUGACAAUGUUGUGAAAAGGACAUCAGCCUUGUGGCCAACAAGAUGGUGUUCAGGUUAUUUUGAUAUUGGGGCACCUGUGACACUUCAACACUGUGCAGAAUAGCUCUGUCUUUGGGUACAUGAUUGUCACAAUUCUGAUUUGAAGUUGCUCUGCUUUUUCCCUUAUACUAUUCACUGUGGGGCAUACUUAGAGUAUGUGUAACUGUGUGUAGCUUAAUAUUUUGGUGUGAGUGACUUGCCCUUCAAACCUUUUGAACUGAAACAGAGUGAGACUUGUCCUAUGAUUUUGGCUGCUAAACCAAAUGUUUUAUUGUUUUGUGUUGUCGUAAGAAUAUAACCCUUGUGUUGAUAUUUGAAAUGCAAUAUGUGAACUUCUUUUUUUUUCUUUUUUCGGGGAGCCCUUUUUUGUCACAUUUAUUGGUCCCUCCCUUAUGUAUGCUUUGUGAUUUGUGGGGGGGUGCGUGUCUUCAGUUUUAUGAUUGGAUGAUUUUUGGAUAUGUCAUUAAUUCGUUGUUGCAAUUUUGUGGCCCUUGUUUGGUGAAAUCCAUAUAUGCAUUCAAUCAUCAGGUCUUUUUAGAAUUCCAUAAGUCAUUAAUUAACUUAACCACGACACACAGGGGCGUUUCAGGGACAGGCCUUAGAACUGCUCUAAGUCUGUACUGAAUAUGGCCCAGACCUUUACACCAGGCUUCCCUUUCAACUGCUCGACCGUCACUCAUUCAUAGUCAACUUUGUACGCUGACUGACCUGCUCCAUGAUUCUGGACCUUUCAUUAUUUUUCCCUUUUACAUUUCAACUUUCAAAACCUGAUGCUGUCAAAAGGAUUCUAUUUUUGGUGGGUCAUAGCCAGAUCCUCAACAAUUCACAGUGGACUUAAAAUCCCCCCAAAAAAUGUAAGGGGAGUAAAAUUCCAGUUACUUUCUUUGGAUCUUUUUCACUGAUUGUCAAUCCGCCACGCUUCUUGUUUAGUUCUACCAUUGUAGCUAGCCGCCAGUCCAUUUUAUUUCAAACCAAUAAACAUGUUGAUUACAAAAUGA